AUGGUAUCCACACGAACUACGCGAUCACGAACCCAGGACGCACAAAUCAAUUAUCGUGAAAAACAGGAGUCUAACCUAGAAGCAGACGUAUGGGAUUCUGAUUCAUCUAGCGAGGAGCAAAAUGAGGAGCCGGUUUGGCUUUCGGAUGAGCUAGCUGAUGACGAGCACGACGUUGACCUUAGUUCUGACGAGGAUGCCAAUGACGUCCAGCUCAACCAGCUUAUCGAUGCCAAAUUGGCUAAAGUACAAGAGAAUAAAGAAGGUGAGAGAAAAGAAGAGACAGGGAACGGGAUAGAUGACGCUAGUAUUUCGUUAAAGCUCAACAAACUCCAAGAGUUCGUGAAGCAAAGUCAAGUCUACUCUGGAAUCAUUGCAGAUACGCUAUUGAAUAAGUCGCAGGAACGACCUCAACAGGACGACUCUGGCAAGUCCGAAAGACCUGCUAAAAAGCGGAAAAAGAUAACUGACUUUUUUGGUAAGAAAUCUGAAAAAGCGAAUGAGGCCCCGGCCCAGGAAGUUCAAUUCACACAUAGACAGCCGUCUCUUCUUCGUAACUGUACACUCAAGUCUUACCAACUCGAAGGCGUUAAUUGGCUCAUCACGCUCUAUGAAAAUGGACUGAACGGGAUUCUCGCGGACGAAAUGGGUUUAGGCAAAACACUCCAAAGUAUAGCAUUAUUUGCGUUUAUCACUGAGAUGGACACCAAGGGACCCUUCUUGAUAGCAGCUCCCCUCAGCACUGUUGACACAUGGGUAAGCGAAUUCAGGAGAUUCGCACCAGACAUUCAGGUUUUGAAAUACUACGACUCACAAGGACAACAAAAGCGGGUUUCAAAAAUCAAAACGUUUUUCAAACAUACCAAGGGAGAAGGUGUGAUCGUGACGUCUUAUGAAAUGAUUAUAAGAGACAUUGAUCUGAUCUUAUCGUACCACUGGAAGUUUUUGAUUGUCGACGAAGGACAUAGGAUCAAGAAUAUCAACUGCAAAUUGAUACAAGAACUGAAGCGAAUAAAUACAUCUAAUCGCCUUCUUCUAACAGGAACGCCCUUACAAAAUAACCUUAGUGAACUUUGGUCUCUUCUGAACUUUAUAUUGCCUGAUAUUUUUGCAGACUUUGAGAUUUUUCAUAAAUGGUUUGACUUUAGUCAUUUAGACUUACAGAGUUCUUCAGAAGGCUUCAAUAAGCUUAUAAAUGAUGAACUUGAGAAGAACUUGAUCUCUAACUUGCAUACGAUCUUAAAACCCUUUCUUCUAAGAAGAUUGAAAAAUGUUGUAUUGGCCAAAAGUCUACCAGCAAAGCGAGAGUAUAUUGUCAACUGUCCUCUUUCACCAUUACAACAAAAAUUCUAUAAGUCUGCUUUGAACAGCAAGCUGAAGCAGACUGUUUUCAAACAAGCAGUGAAGGAUUUUUACACGUUGAAUCAAGAUCACAUCGGGCAAGUCAGUAACAAGACAAUACGCGACUUUUUGAUAUGGAAAGCAAGUGGGGACACGGAAAUUCCUACAGACAAGCCCAUUAUCGCUCAGAUGAACAAGCUUUAUUGUGAUCACAUUCAUCGGCAACUUUUGCAUAAAAAACUUCAAAAUUCCAUGAUUCAACUGCGACAAAUCGUGGACUCCACGGUACUAUUUUUCUUCCCACUGAUUGAUCCGGAUCAGCUAACGCUCGACUUUCUUCUGCGAUCUUCCGGGAAGCUUCAAAUCUUACAACAGCUGGUUCCGCGAUUGGUCCAAAAGGGCCAUAAGGUUCUAAUAUUCAGUCAAUUUGUGACCAUGCUAGAUCUCUUAGAGGAUUGGUGUGAGCUGAAUAAUUUUCUAGCAUGCCGUAUUGAUGGUUCGAUGGACAAUGAAACUCGACAGAAGCACAUAAAUCAAUUCAAUGACGAUAAGAAGCCAUUUAAAAUAUUUCUCAUUUCCACAAGAGCAGGAGGCCUGGGUAUCAAUUUAACUGCGGCGGAUUCGGUUGUACUCUUUGACAGUGAUUGGAACCCGCAAGUAGAUUUACAAGCAAUGGACAGAACACAUCGAAUUGGCCAGAAAAAACCUGUUGUUGUAUACCGCCUUUGCUGUGACAACACUGUUGAACACGUAAUUCUGACUCGUGCCGCCAGCAAGCGCCGACUGGAAAAGAUGGUUAUUCAGAUGGGCAAAUUCAGUAAUCUCAAGCGACUUGCUGGAAACGACCAAUCGUUUAUCACAGGUACUACUCCGGGCCACGGGCAUCAGACGUCGACGUCAAGUAAGGAACUAAUGAAGGAACUUUCGCAGCUGUUACUAAGUGAGGAAUCGAGCAUUGGCUUUUCACGAGGGCUUGAUAAUGGUGAAUUACUGGUUGAAGAAUUGGAAGAGUUGCUAGAUCGUUCAGAGGAGGCUUUCAAAUUAGCCAGAGCAGAGAAAGAGUGGCCCCAUAUAAGAAUGUUUGAGACUACGACAGCAGAUAAGUAA